CAACGCUGAACGGGCAACGGACCUCGAGCAAUCACCAUGGGUCUGUCGGACAACAAGCGAAAACAGCGCCUGGUAGGCUCGGCUUCGGGCCGCAACGCCGCGUGGUCGGGCAACGAGGCGCUUCCGGGGCAGCGACUGCUCGCAUCGAUGGGCUGGCAGGCGGGCCAGGGCCUGGGCACAUCGCAGCAGGGCAUGAGCGCGCCCGUGACGAUGGCCUUCAAGCUCGACAACAAGGGCAUCGGCGCCAGACGCCACGAGCGCGAAGCCAGGGCCAGCGGAAAGGUUGAUGCAUGGAUCGGUGGGGGUGGUGAUCUGGGAAGCUUGUUCGAAAGGCUCAACAAGGCGGCGACGAGCGCAAAUGCCGGAGAGGGUGCCGUGCACGGCGACGAUGACGAUGACGAUAAGUCGCAAGAGGCCGGCGAAGCAGAAAAGGAAAAGGGGGAAAAGAAGAGAAAGAGGGACAAGGAUGACAAGAAGAAGCGCAAAGAGGAAAAACGAAAGGCCAAAGAGGAGAGGCUCGACGACAAGGGCAACAAGGGCAAGGGCAAGGAGAAGGCGCCCGAGGACAGCGGUGUUGCCAAGGUAGAGCACAAGCCAAUCGAACAAGCGCACCGAGCUCGCUUCCUCCGCGCAAAGCGCCUCGUGAAUGGCAGUGACGCAGUCAGUCUCAACGAGAUUCUGGGCAUCGCAAGUCCGUCGUCUGGCUCGCCCGCGCCGGACUCCAGCAAAGAAUCACCGGUGCCAGUUGCUCCUCCCCUUGCGGCAGCAGAACCAGCAGCCGAGUCGAAAGAGGGGAGAAAGAAGCGAAAGAGGGAGGAAAAGGAGCGGGAGAAGGAGGAGCGCAAACGUAAAGGCAAAGCGAUGAAAGAAGACGAGACAAAGAAGAGCAAGAGCAAGAAGAGCAAGGACAAGAGCGCCAGUGAUGGGGGCGAUGACGAGGCGACAAGGCCGCCCUGCUCCGACCCUUCAUUUGAAGCAGGCAGCGGCAACGUCGUCUCGCCGCUCUCUGUGCAAGACUAUCUCCAAGGCCGCCUGAUGCAGCGACGGGCUGCCCUGAUCCGGCGGCAAAGGGCCGAGCAGGACGCCGUGUGGCAAAGAGCAGCAGCAGUCGGAGCCGCUUAAGACACCAAUCGAUGGCAUGCGAGUUGCAGAAAACAAUGAAAGAAAGAGUAAAAAUUGACGGAUGAAGUACAUACAAGGUGACGAGGCU